AUGGGAGCUAAACUAACUCGCCCUUGGUAUGUUCUCGAAGCCGAGCUUGAUGACGCCGCCGUCAGCGACUUUGUCUCGACCUUGUCCCCGAGGGGUGCGACCUUUGUUUCUAGGCUCCGCCUGAAGGAACCUCAUCGUGCUGAUUAUUAUCUCGAUGAAGUCCGUAAGGCCCUUGUGGACUCGACCUUACCCGACGCUAGAGCUGAGCACAAGGAACUUGGUCGCAGGCUAGAAGAGUUCGCUAGAGAUGAGGGCGUGGCCUGCCCUUCGUUUCUACAAAACCUUCGCCGUAUCGUCGAGCCCCCUAACGACAUGUCGGACGCCGCUGACUCUGCCAUCGACGCUGUUUCGGUUAUGAGCAGUCUACACGAGAUUCCCGAGAGUGACUCUGACGACCUCCCCGAAGAGCCCGUCUCACCGCAGCCCCUUCCCGUUAGACCUUUGUCAGCUACGGCUACGGCUACUGCUAAGGCCCCGCCUACUACCGCUACUAAUGGUCGUGGAGGUAGUGUGGCUGCUGGGAUUACUCAUAGGUAUGGCCCUUGGGAUUGGUCUAGGUCUGCUACGCCGUCUCGUGUUAACCUUCGUCCCCGUAAUGCCCGUGCUGGUAUGUCUACACCGGGAGGCCUUCGUACUCCUCCGGUGACCCCAGGCUUCGCUUGGACCUUUGGGUUCCUCUUCGUCCCGUAUGAUGCCUCCGAGACCUGGUACAGUUUGGUCUACAUCGACGCCUACUUCAAGACCUUCGACAUCCUCUACUUCUGUUAA